AUGGCGCAGUCAGUUAGUGCUUUUAUGGUGUACCAUGCUUCUGUUGGUGAUAAGUUACUGCCGGACCAUUUCAACUUUGGUGAAAGUUGUCCAUCAAAUUUAAUUAAUCUAGGACAGAGGAAUGCAUGUGGUUGGUUAAAUGAUCUAAUAAGAAUGUUUAGCUGUGAAGGUGACUGGGUCUUCGAUAUCAACUCUACAUAAUGUACCCUAUAGUAAUUAAUGCCUGUUUAGCUACAGUAUGACAGGAAAGCUUUGUUACUUUACAGCAUGGGAUUACCCCCCCCCCCUCCCAGUGAAUCCCCCCCCCCUAGAAUAUCUCUAACCUCUCCAAUAAAGUGUUCAACCCCACCAAAAUUUUGCUUCACCAUUCCUAUUUUGUGUGAAAGGCUUUAUUACCUUUAACCCAAACGCCUAACCCCUGCCGAAGCUCACUGAGUGGUGCCGCUUGCACCCCACCAGAAAUUUUUCUACCCCUCCUUUUACAUAAAUGAAAAUCCGCCCUUGCUUUACAGUGAGUACUGUCCAUGCUUAUGUAGCCCGUGUGCAGGCCCACCGAGGGAAGAAUAGUGGGCCUGCAAGGAAGAUCGGGUGUUUUGUAAAACGCCCCUUUUCGUAACACGCCCCAUUAGCGCGUCAAUUGUCAAAAAAGAACCAAUGACAGCAACCCAAAUAGUAUUAAACAAACUCGAAUUAAAAUGUUUCGGGGUUUUCUCUGCGUAUUCAGAAUGGAAAAAUGUGUAAAUGGCUAUGUUUAACUCCAAAAAGGCAAGCAAACCAGUCAGCUUCAAAUCAUUGCCCAAUUUGCAAGUGCUCAUUUUCACUUACGUAAUUUCACAUUUUCACUUACGUAAUUUUGGUAAAGAACUCGACAAAAGAAGAGAGAGUUCAGAGUCCAGAUCUUUUCAAACGGCAAUUACCAUCUUCUGUUUCGCUCUCUCAGAGAGUAAGGCCUUCAAAUCGCAAAGUGUUUCGAACAGGCUUACUUGCAACUACCUCUAAAUCUUCACCACAAAAAUCGCUGUUUUCUUCAGUGUAAGAGCAGAGUCAACAUGAACCAAAACAUAAUUUUCUUAAGGAACAUAUAAACGUAUCAAAUUUGUUUGAAAUUAACAAAACUCAAGUAUUAAAAGGUUUAUACUAUAAUUUACCCCAGUGGCAAUGUUGCUAUUCUAACACUUCAUGACAAGCAAUCCCGCUGGCAUUACGGCAAAAACAUCUCUUCCUUCAAGUAAACAAUAAACGAUCGGUUCUUGUACUGGUCAUUAAUCGAAAAAAGUGAUCAGAUCCAAUAUUAAGCUUAUUGAGAGCUUUUGUGAUGAAUCACUGAUCUAAUUAUAGAGUCUAACAGCAAACAGCCAAUCAGAAUGCUGCGUUCGUGUGCGAACACAACAAAUACAAAAUACCUGGUCUUCCUUGCAGGCCCACUAUUCCCUCGGUGGACCUGCAUGCAGCUAAUGCUUAUACAGUAAUAUACAUUAUACAUAAGUGCAUUGUACAUACGAUUCUAUUAAGGUUCUCUUUCAAAGACUUAAACUUUAAACUCUGAUUGCGCAAGGGAUGAUGGAUUAUUGAUCUCUGGCAUACUCUGAGUUUAAGGUUUGCUGUAAGCUCCGGUCUUACUGUUUGGAAGAAUAACCUUAAUUGAACAACCUUAAUUGAGCAACCUAUAUAUAUAUAUAUAUAUAUAUAGAAGAACAACCUAUAUAUAUAUAUAGGCGAAUGUCAAUAAGUAUAUUGAGUGUCGAAUCAUAAGAAUAGAGUGCUCGAUACGAAAGUAGAACAAAUAAAAGACAAACUUGAGUUACUUUGUUUAAAACAUUUAUUCACGACAAAUUUGUUUCGUAUGGCAAACUAGGCCUGCCACACUCAUCAGGUGAAUGGUGAUAUCGCGUAUUUACAUGAUCUUAUAACCUAUAGGUAACUUGAGCUGUUAUAUAGAGUUACCUAUAGGUUACCUAUAGGUUAUAAGAUCAUGUAAAUACGUGAUAUCACCAUCCACCUGAUGAGUGUGGCAAGCCUAGUUUGCCAUACGAAACAAAUUUAUAUAUAUAUAUAUAUAUAUAUAUAUAUAUAUAUAUAUAUAUAUAUAUAUAUAUAUAUAUAUAUAUAUAUAUAUAUAUAUAUAUAUAUAGCCUAAAUGCUAAAUGCAUGUAUAAACGUAAUUAUUUAGAAACAUACUCUAAUAUUCAGUAUUUGUAACUUAUUACAGGCAAUGCAGUUGUUGCUGCAGUUGGGAUAAAGCGAAAUGGUCUUUGUACUGUCCAGUCUGAUGAUGAAGAAUUUGUCACGAAAAGAAACUUUAGAAAGCUGAUGGAUGGCAAGUAAAACAACUAUAAGACUGUAGAAUUUGUAGAUGUAGAUAGAGUACUCGACUUUCGUGUUUAUAUAUUGUAUUUAUAUUAUUUCAAGAAUUACACGGUUUCUAAACCAGGCAUGCACAUGUACAUCUUAACUUUUUUCUAUUAACUUAUAAAAGGACCUUCUGAACCCCAUGUCUCGAGAUUUUCUGAACCCCAUGUCUCGAGAUUUAUAAUUUUUUGCAUGAUUUUUGCGGAAUUCUAUUUUUGAGGGUUCAGAAUUUCUGAGACCCUUUUACAAUAUUGGGGCCAAAAGCCUUCACAAAACCCUUUAGUAAACGGCUUGCAAGGGGUUCAGAAAUUCUGAACUCUGUGUCUCAAUAUUUAUAAUUUUUGCAUGAUUUUGCGGAAUUCUAUGUUGUAGGGUUCAGAUUUUCUGAGACCUUUUUACAAUAUUGGGACCUAAAGCCUUCAGAAAUCCUUUUAGUAUUUGGCUUGUAAGGGGAUCAGAAAUUCUGAGCCCCAUGUCUCCAGAUUUAUCAUUUUUGCAUGAUUUUGCAGAAUUCUAUGUUGCAGGGUUCAGAUUUUCUGAGACCUUUUUACACCAUUGGGGCCUAAAGCCUUCAGAAAUCCUUUUAGUAUUUGGCUUGUAAGGGGGUCAGAAAUUCUGAGCCCCAUGUCUCGAGAUUCAUCAUUGUUGCAUGAUUUUGCGGAAUUCUAUGUUGCAGGAUUCAGAUUUUCUGAGACCUUUUUACAAUAUUUGGGCCUAAAGCCUUCAGAAAUCACUUUCAUAUUUUGGCUUCUAAGGGGUUCAGAAAUUCUGAACUCUGUGUCUCAAUAUUUAUCAUUUUUGCAUGAUUUUGCGGAAUUCUAUGUUGUAAGGUUCAGAUUUUCGGAGACCUUUUUACAAUAUUGGGGCCAAAAGCCUUCAGAAAUCCCUUUAGAAAUGGCUUGUAAGGGGGUCAGAAAUUCUGAGCCCCAUGUCUCCAGAUUUAUCAUUUUUGCAUGAUUUUGCAGAAUUCUAUGUUGCAGGGUUCAGAUUUUCUGAGACCUUUUUACAAUAUUGGGACCUAAAGCCUUCAGAAAUUACUUUCGUAUUUUGGCUUGUAAGGGGGUCAGAAAUUCUGAGCCCCAUGUCUCAAUAUUUAUAAUUUUUGCAUGAUUUUGCGGAAUUCUAUGUUGUAGGGUUCAGAUUUUUUGAGACCCUUUUACAAUAUUGGGACCAAAAGCCUUCAGAAACCCUUUAGUAAAUGGCUUGCAAGGGGUUCAGAAAUUCUGAACUCUGUGUCUCAAUAUUUAUAAUUUUUGCAUGAUUUUGCGGAAUUCUAUGUUGUAGGGUUCAGAUUUUCUGAGACCCUUUUACAAUAUUGGGGCCAAAAGCCUUCAGAAAACACUUUAGUAAAUGGCUUGCAAGGGGUUCAGAAAUUCUGAACUCUGUGUCUCAAUAUUUAUAAUUUUUGCAUGAUCUUGCGGAAUUCUAUGUUGUAGGGUUCAGAUUUUCUGAGACCCUUUUACAAUAUUGGGGCCAAAAGCCUUCAGAGAACCCUUUAGUAAAUGGCUUGCAAGGGGUUCAGAAAUUCUGAACUCUGUGUCUCAAUAUUUAUAAUUUUUGCAUGAUUUUGCGGAAUUCUAUGUUGUAGGGUUCAGAUUUUCUGAGACCCUUUUACAAUAUUGGGGCCAAAAGCCUUCAGAGAACCCUUUAGUAAAUGGCUUGUAAGGGGGUCAGAAAUUCUGAGCCCCAUGUCUCCAGAUUUAUCAUUUUUGCAUGAUUUUGCAGAAUUCUGUGUUGCAGGGUUCAGAUUUUCUGAGACCUUUUUACAAUAUUGGGGCCUAAAGCCCUCAGAAAUCCUUUUAGUAUUUGGCUUGUAAGGGGGUCAGAAAUUCUGAGCCCCAUGUCUCGAGAUUCAUCAUUUUUGCAUGAUUUUGCGGAAUUCUAUGUUGCAGGGUUCAGAUUUUCUAAGACUUCUUUACAAUAUUGGGCCUAAAGCCUUCAGAAAUCACUUUAGUAUUUUGGCUUCUAAGGGGUUCAGAAAUUCUGAACUCUGUGUUGAGAUAUUUAUCGUUUUUGCAUGAUUUUGCGGAAUUCUAUGUUGUAAGGUUCAGAUUUUCUGAGACCUUUUUACAAUAUUAGUUUCAUAUUAAUCUGACACUGCAAUCGAGCAACGAAAAAUUCGUUGGCUCGAGCGGGAUACCCGAAGAUGCGAGUUCAAAUCCCGCUCGAGCCAACGAAUUUUUCGUUGCUCGAUUGCAGUGUCAGAUUAAUAUGAACCUAGUUUUUCCUAUCUCUGAGGAUGGUUUUUACAAUAUUGGGGCCAAAAGCCUUCAGAAAUCCCUUUAGUAAAUGGCUUGUAAGGGGGUCAGAAAUUCUGAGCCCCAUGUCUCCAGAUUUAUCAUUUUUGCAUGAUUUUCCGGAAUUCUAUGUUGCAGGAUUCAGAUUCUCUGAGUCUUUUUUGCAAUAUUGGGACCUAAAGCUUUUUCAGAUUUUCUAAAUCUCUUUUAAGGAUUGUAUUUUAUCAGUGGACUUUGAUGUGGGAUAUAUUUUAACUAAAUAGUGUAGUUGUACGGAACGAAUUUAAAUUUUAAGGUUUUUCCACAAAAAUACGAUUUUUAGCCAGAAAUCCGACUUGUCCGCAUAAUUACGUUUCUUUUUUAAAUUCGGCGGAAAAAAUGCUACUUUGGAAAAUCCCAAUUUAGUUUGGAACGCGUUUUUUUUGUAAACACGCGUUGCGUGUAUUCCACACAAUUGCGUGACUCAUUUUACUCGCGCAUGCUCAGACAAAUUUCCCACCUGUUCGACGACACCGUAUGGGGGGCCUUUAGCACUGUCACCUUCUCAUCUUGGGAUGUUCACGUUAUCGCGUGUACAUGUCAGGGUGACGAAGAUGCAUUAUUGCUAAUAAUGUCUGUCUGCACUGAUGCACGCUGCAUUAUUUUUAAUAAUGUUGUGUGCUAUUUUAACGCGUACAUAGAAUAUGACGCGUAUAAGCAUUUACCCCUGAGCAGGAAAUUCCCUAUACAACCAAAAAGGCCGCUCCCGUUUUUCAGUAGAACGUUAAAUGAAAACUUCUCGACAUUCGCUGAUAUAAUGCAGAGAGAAAACAAUAGGUUUGAUGAGGGCCAGUAAUUAUUAUCAAUAAAAUAUUAAAACGGAGCUUUGAUUAACUGAUUCACCAUUUAUACUAGUGAACUAUUAAACUAUCGUGAUUCACACAAUUUUUGGAUAUUUACCAGACGAUCCCCUAUCCACCGACCCGAGGUUAACGCCGAGUCGGCGUCUUGUUCUAAUAGGUUUCUCGAACACGCGUCAUUUUAUAUGCUUGCGCAACUUUGUACACGCGAGGGAGUAACAACUGAGUAAUUACAUACCAGUGAACUUUAUUUAAACUGGAACGAUAACUUGGCCGCCAUCGUUCAAGCUAAUAUGAAGUACAGUGCGUACCGAAUUGACGUACAGCGCCAGUCCGUUUGUAUUGUUUUUGUUUCAAAUUGGCUUCAAAUAUGGCAGCCAAAUUUCAGUCAGUUAUCGUUUCAGUCUAAAUAGAGUUCAUUAUGCAAUUACUUUAUGGUUUCCAUGUUUGGAUGGCCUUUGGAUCCAAACACGCGGGAAUGUUGCGAAAGUUAAGAAAAGCGCGCGUAAUCACACGAGCCGAAGGCAAGUGAUUUUGCGUGCUUUUCUUAACUCGAGAUAUCAUGUUCAACACUCGAAAUAAAUCUGGUAUUUCCAAGGACCCAUGUAUUUUUCUGUCGGACAGUCGUUGAAAAGCGAUAAUUUUUACAGAAAUUAAAAGCGGUGAUUGAAAAGCGAUGAUUUUCACAUGUGAGAUUAUCACUUUUAUCAGUGCUCGAAAUCUCUGUAAAGCAGUACUUAAUAUAAUAACAAACAAUAAACGAUAUCACUCCUUGGCUUCUUGUGUGGCAACAUUGACGUAAACGCGAGCUGCAGCGUUCAGUCACAGAUGAAUUACAUACAGAGGUCUUACUUCAGGUUAAUUUAGCGUAAUUGAUUGUUUCAGUCCGCCAUGUUCCAUCACUCCCCUGAAAACAUAUUGAAAUUCAAAUUCAAGGUUGCAAGGGGGGGCGGGGGUUGUGUGAAUGCCUCUCUUUACCGGACUGGCUAAGAACAUGACCGCCAGCUAUUUUUGUAAAAACGGUUUUCCAGCAGAAGUGAGACCUCCGUAUGUACCUACUCUGUGGUUCAAUGUUGAUCAAUUACUAAUACUUCAUGUUAAAUCAAUGUUUGGAAAAUAUGGGCGAAGGGUUACUGCAUGCAUGUAUUUCUAGUAGAGUAAUAUAUAUCACGAGUGUGAAAGACCAGAUCUUGAGCAAUAGUGCUUGGUGUUUUGCAUCCCAUUCAGCAUACCCGACUAAACAUUUAUAUAAGAAAAUGGUUGUUUUUAAACCUUGUUGUUAAUAGUGUAGACCCAAGCAUAGAUUAAAGUGUGUGCAACGAUUCAUUAUUUGGCCGCUCGGAGAGAUAUCCGAUCGCAAUAAAUAUUCCACCGAAAUAUUAGUAAAUGAAUGCUUUAUUGAUCAAGAGGUCGGCAAACAGUAGCCGAGCUCUCAGAUUGCCAUAAUUUCGAGCUAAAUAUUUUCGCCCUAUAUAUUCCCUUUAAAAAAUUGAAAGCAAAUGUAUAUGAAUUGUAUGCAAAUUAGUAUACAAACGGUGGCCAUUUUGUCGUUAAUUUCUGGUAAUGCAUCAGAAAAGAACUGGAACAAGAUGAAGGCAUGAAGAGUUACUUUGACAACUACGAUCUGGUUGAUCAUUUGGAACCUCGUGAUUCCUUCUUUGGUGGACGAACCAACGCUGCAAAACUUUUCCACGAAUGUAAAGAUGGUGAGAAAAUAAGGUAAGAUGAUUUCGUAAUAAAAUGAUAGGAACGAUUAUGACGUCAAAGCAAAUAUAUUGAUAACGUCAUUUCUUUCGGCUUUACGAGCCUUUAUCCCUGGUGCAACAAAAUGAGUCAGACAGUUGUUGGCCAUCCUCGCAUCAUAACCGAAAAUUUCGAAGAUAACUUGACUUACUUCGGCUUGAUUAAAUGUACAGUACUCCACCUCGAGCUCUUUUCCAUCCCGUUCUGCCCUAUCGCACACAAGGUAAAUUGAUGUCCCCCUUAUGCAAGUCCUGCGCUGAUGCGUGUGAUCAAACCCCAUGUACCCAUCCCGAUCACGAAAGAGCCAUCCAAUGAACAUGGUGCAGCGUAGAUUUGGAGAAAGCCCUGGAGAAAGGUUACCGAAUUCUACAAAUGCACGAAGUAUAACAUUUUCCCGAAUCCUCGGACGGAUUGUUCCAAGAUUAUGUGGACACCUUCUUCAACUCUUCAAGAUCAAGCAAGAGUCGAGUGGUUGCCCCAAGAAUUGUACCACAAAAGAACAGAAACAACAGUACGUAGACGAAUACCUUGCAGUUGAAGGAAUACUGAAGCAAAAUCGAGCACAAUCCAAGCAUGCGUGCGUCAUCCAAACUGAUACUAAAUUCGUUUUGGGGUGUGUAUUCUAAACAGCUAUUUUCUGAGCGCAAAAGUUUUUAGGUGGCGUCCGAACUCGUGCAAACUCUGCAAAUACUCAUAAUAUAUUUUCCACCAUAGGUAAAUUUACGCAACGUCCCAAUAUGACCAAAGUGAAAUUGAUCAGCGACAUGCAAACGUUUCUCGACCAUCUGACAUCGGACGAGAUCAAUGUUCUAUGUGCAAAUUUCGAAAGUGAUGAAGUGAUCGAGAUCCACUACGAAAACAACGAGAAUUUCGUAGCGCCAAGCUCCAAGACCAACAUGGUCAUCGCCGCUUUUACCACCGCCUAUACCCGACUUAAGCUCUAA